CUCUACGCUAUUUAUUGCAAUGCAUCAUACUUCAACGUAACACCAAAUAUAGAUAGAAGAAGAAAGAAUGGCUGGCUGGUCUGCAGAAAAUGCUACCAAUGCCUAUCUCGGAGCAAUGAAAAUGGCAAAAAGAGCAAAGGAGCCGGAUGCAGCAGAGUUCAUAUCAGCCCUUGUGGCCGGCAAGAACGCACGUUUGAUAGUCGUGGCAUGUGCCGAUGCUGCAGACUCCACUGCCUUGGCUCUGGUGGCUGCAGCUCACCAGACGGGCGGAAGAGUCGUGUGCAUUGUCUCUGGCGCUAAUGAGCUCCAACUAUCAAAAGAAACUAUGUCAGAAAGUGCUGAUGAUAUUGAGUUUGUCAUUGGGAAUGCUGAGAAUCUUGUUGCAAGUGAGUACAAUGAAGCUGAUUGUGUAGUGGUCGAUUGUAGAAUCAAGAACUGUGAAAGAAUACUUAAAAUGGCUGAAGGAGUUGGGACGAAAGGCGUCGUUUUGGGGUAUAACGCUUUUCAGAUGGGGUCGUGGAGCUGCCGGGGAUUUGAUGCACAUUUGCUCCCAAUAGGGGAGGGGCUUCUGGUCAGCCGAGUAGCUGUAAAAGCGGAGAACGGUAGGCGUGGCGGUGGUCCGGGGAAGAUCAGGAGCCGGUGGGUUGUGAAAGUGGAUAAAUAUACAGGUGAAGAGCAUGUUUUCAGAGUUAGAGAUUCUUAAGGAAAGGCAUUUGAAGCAUGAGGUUUGAUCUUGUGGCUGAGAGUGAUGAGUUUUGUAUGUGUAGAAUGUGAAGAUGAAUCUUAAUUGUAAAUACAUGCAUUGUAAUAUAUAGAGAGAGUGUGUAUUGUUAAAGUUUUGAGUUUCCAAUCAGUGUGAGAAACUGGUGAAAAAUGUAUUUAUUCUGUAAUCAUCAGUGA